UGGAGCGGAGGGAGGGGGAAGAGAACGGCCAGGAAGCUCCGUAUUUCGCUCCGCCCGGACUCCGCCGUCCCAGUCCCGCGAGCAGACGCAGGCCGCGGCCCAGAAGCAGCGGCGGCGGCGGCGGCGGCGGCGGAGGAGAAAGAGGGGCGGCGAGGCGAGGCCUGCGCGGACCCCACCGCCAGCAUGUCUCUGGUGGCCGAAGCGUUCGCCUCCCAGGUCGCAGCUACAGAACCUUGGCCUGAAAAUGCUACACUUUAUCAGCAGCUGAAAGGGGAACAAAUUUUGCUUUCUGAUAAUGCUUCUUCUCUUGCUGUGCAGGCCUUUUUGCAAAUGUGUGAUCUCCCCAUCAAAGUGGUUUGUAGAGCAAAUGCUGAAUAUAUGUCUCCAUCUGGUAAAGUACCUUUUAUUCAUGUGGGAAAUCAAGUGGUAUCAGAACUUGGUCCAAUAGUCCAAUUCGUAAAAGCCAAGGGCCAUUCUCUUAGUGAUGGGUUGGAUGAAGUCCAAAAAGCAGAAAUGAAAGCCUACAUGGAAUUAGUCAAUAAUAUGCUGUUGACAGCAGAGUUGUAUCUUCAGUGGUGUGAUGAAGCUACAGUAGGGGAGAUCACUCACUCUCGAUAUGGAUAUCCUUAUCCUUGGCCUCUGAACCACAUCUUGGCUUACCAAAAACAAUGGGAAAUCAGACGCAAGAUGAAAGCCAUUGGAUGGGGUAACAAGACUCUGGAUCAGGUCUUAGAAGAUGUAGACCAGUGCUGUCAAGCUCUUUCUCAAAGACUGGGAACACAACCUUAUUUUUUCAAUAAACAACCAACUGAACUUGAUGCCCUGGUCUUUGGACAUCUCUUCACAAUCCUUACCACUCAGUUGACCAAUGAUGAGCUCUCUGAAAAGGUGAAAAAUUACAGCAACCUUCUUGCUUUCUGUAGGAGAAUUGAACAGAACUAUUUUGAAGACAAAGAACGCAUCCCUCUCAGGAGAAAAUUAAAAACUCAGUCUGAAGAAAACACACAAAAGAAGAGAAAGGCAAAAUCCAAGCUUUGGAUACUUGUGAGAACACUGGGAGGUAACCUGGUCAAGACUAUGCAUCUCUGGAGAUUGACCAACAGCUAUUAGAGCCUCAGGAUUUGAAGACUGACCUCCCUCUUUUGCCAUGGGAAGAACACUGCUGGUUUUAGCUAUGUCCAUAGAUGCUGAAGUUAGGAUAUCAGUAUCACCUUCUUUGAAUAAAUUCUUCAUGUUCGA